AUGCCCCACACCUCUCGUCGCAAAAAAAACCCCUCACAACAGCAUAAGCGCCUCGAGAUCACCGACUCCUCAGGCUGGACGCACGUCACAACCUCCGGCAACGCGCGCCGUCUCAAUAAUCGCCGAGACCACAACCCCAAUCGAGACUCUAUCUCCGAGCCACAGCAGCAACAGCAGAAGGAAGUCGAACCACCUCUCUCCCCCGCGGAAGCUCCGCCAUCCGUGACGCUCUCGCACCUCCAGCGCCAAUUGAACGAGUCGCGUCGGCGAUGGGAAAGCUCGGCGACUUGGGCGAGUGCUCAGGGCGCGCUGCGGCGCGCAUUGCCUUUGACCGGUUCCCGAGGUGAAGGCGAGGACGUUUCAAUCGUCUGCGUUGGCCUUGGGAGUCCCAGUGGGUUUUUGCGUGGAGGAUGGGUGGAUCGGAGGUCUGUGUCUAUGUAUCAGCUUGCGGCGCUGGCGAGUGCCAUGGAACUGUUUGAGAACCAAACCCCAAGCCGCCCUGUCAAAGUCUACGCACAAGACCCCGUCUUCAACGACCACGAUCGCGCCCUCCUCGAGUCGCUCAAUAUAACUGUCCUCGAGCACCCGGGUGCCUUUGAUAAGGUCUCGCCGCGAACACUUCUGUUCUGUCCCGGUGCAGAGCGGAGACAUCUCGAGCUUCUACUUGCGCAUGAUCCGGCGAUUGUGUUCGGGGGCCCGCUUGAGGACAUAGACUCAGUUAUCGUGACAGGGUUCAUUCGCGCGAGGGAAUCGGUGCAGCUUCCACUGUUCGAGGAACAGGAGCAUGCGUUUUGGAGGAUGCGGGUUUACUAUACUCCUAGUGAACGAGGAUGA